AUGGGGACGCUGUCCCAACGCAGAGCGUCCCCUCUCGCCCGUCUCUAGCUGCAACCGGAGCUGAGAUUCGCUUUUACUUUUUAAAGUCCGUUCGGCCAUUGCCGUGGAGCACCCGCACACGCGCACGCAUCUCCGGCCGCGCUCCCACACACUCACACGCACGCAAACGCGUGGCCGUCGCCAGGUCGCCAACUUUGUUCGGCGCUCCCAGCGGCGCUCGGCUUCCUCGUGUAGUAGUUGGGCGCAGGCCCCGCCUCCCGGCCGUCUUGUCAAAUGGGCGGGGGUCUCGGAUUGGUCCAGCCGCCGGGACAACACCUGCUCGACUCCUUCAUUCAAGUGACACCAGAGCUUCCAGGGAUAUUUGAGGCACCAUCCCUGCCACUGCCGGGCACUCGCGGCGCUGCUAACGGCCUGGUCACAUGCUCUCGGGAGAGCUACGGGAGGGCGCUGGGUAACCUCUAUCCGAGCCGCGGCCGCGAGGAGGGAACAGGCGAGCAAGGAGGAAGAGUGGGAGGAGAAGGGGAAGCGGCGAAGGAGGAGGAAGAGGAGGAGGGGAGCACAAAGAAUCCAGAUCUCCGGGCAGGAGGUUUACACUAAGAACCAUGUGUGCCGAGCGGCUGGGCCAGUUCAUGACCCUGGCUUUGGUGUUGGCCACCUUCGACCCGGCGCGAGGGACUGACGCCACCAAUCCGCCCGAGGGUCCCCAAGACAGGGGCUCCCAGCAGAAAGGCCGUCUGUCCCUGCAGAACACAGCGGAAAUCCAGCACUGUUUGGUCAACGCUGGCGAUGUGGGGUGUGGCGUGUUUGAAUGUUUCGAGAACAACUCUUGCGAGAUUCGGGGCUUACAUGGGAUUUGCAUGACUUUUCUGCACAACGCUGGAAAAUUUGAUGCUCAGGGCAAGUCAUUCAUCAAAGACGCCUUGAAGUGUAAGGCCCACGCUCUGCGGCACCGAUUCGGUUGCAUAAGCCGGAAGUGCCCAGCCAUUAAGGAAAUGGUGUUUCAGCUACAGCGGGAAUGCUACCUCAAACACGACCUGUGCUCCGCUGCCCAGGAGAACACCCGGGUGAUGGUGGAGAUGAUUCACUUCAAGGACCUACUGCUGCAUGAACCCUACGUGGACCUGGUGAACCUGCUGCUGACCUGUGGGGAGGAGGUGAAGGAGGCCAUCACCCACAGUGUGCAGGCACAGUGUGAGCAGAACUGGGGCAGCCUGUGCUCCAUCCUGAGCUUCUGCACCUCAGCCAUCCAGAGGCCGCCCACCGCGCCUCCGGAGCACCGGCUCCAGGUGGACAGAGCCAAGCUGUCCAGGGCCCACCACGAGGAAGCGGGUCACCGCCUCUCAGAGCCCAGUAGUCGGGAGACCGGCCGAGGUGCCAAGGGCGAGCGAGGUAGCAAGAGCCACCCGCAUGCCCAUGCCCAGGGGAGAGCCGCCGGCCAUGGGGCCCAAGGAACUUCUGGAAGCAGCGAGUGGGAGGAUGAACAGUCUGAGUAUUCCGAUAUCCGAAGGUGAAACGAAAAGGCUGGCCAGGAAAUCUUUCCUCCACGCCGUCCAUUUUCUUCUCUAUGGACAUUCCAAAACAUUUGCCAUUAAAGAGGGGUGAUGUCGCACGCAGGAUUUGGUGGGGACUGCGGACCUGAGGAAGCUGUGUAUUAGUGGGAUGAACAGGUGAGGCGGAGACUGCCUGGGCAGCAGCAAGGUCUGGGCCGUGCCCAGUGGGUUCCGCCCUCGCACACCCUGAGGUGAGGGUGCCACGUGUCCUUGCAACUUUGUCUUCUUUCUGUCGUGGAGCCACUGGGCGGCGGCCUGCUGGGGAGAUGGAGCGGGGAGGGGACACUUGGUGCGGGUCCCCGCCCCGUAGCUUCUGGUGCUGUCUUGGCGGACAGCAGCUGGAUUCCGGUGCAGGAGUGGAUGUGAAAAUCUCCAUGCGAAUCAGGAGAAGGCUGGAAAGGAGGCAAGGACCGUGUGGGUUCUUGGUGCCAAAUCGAAAUUCAGUUUCUUGUAUGGGACCUUGAGGUUUGGAGCUGCUUGGCAGGGGAGGGCGAGGGUUCUAAGUGUAAUUUCUGAGCCGUUGUUCUGUCUGGGGGACCCUGUCCGAGGGAGUGGCCCCGUGUGUUUGUAUCUUAACCACUGCUUGAAGUCUCGAUUUCACUUUUUUAUUUAUCCAGUUACAUCUACGUAUCUGUCGUCUAAAUAAAUGGCUUUCAAACAAAGCAACUGGGUCGUUAAAACCAGCUCAACGG